AUGGAUAGAGAGACAAAACACACAAACCAACAAAAGGCUGCAUCCACAGAUGCGCCUAAAACUAACAUAAACAGGGUUGCGUCGCAGGACGUGUUGAGGUGCAAGUCACCAGUGACACGAUACUCUGAUGCCCCUAUCUCGCAAACGGAUGCACCCAAUAGGGCAGCGUUCGAGGCACCAAAGGAGAGGGCAGCGGCUGAGGAAGCGCCAAACCGGGAUGCACCCUUAACCGUGCCCACUCCAAUGGUAUCUCAUACACCACCACACAAGGAUGCGUCCACUGUUGCGGCCAGGCUGACUGCGUCGGUCGAGCAGAAGAUAGCAACUCCGAAGGAUGAUACAGCAAUGUCUGCGUCCAUAGGGGGGGCAUCCGAAGCAAGAUCGAUGCGGAAGACCGAGGCUGCGACGAUGAGCACGUCCAGUGCACAAACCUCGACCAUGGACAUGUCGGCCCUGAAAUCAGCGAUUCAGGAAUCGACUCCCAGGAUGGUCCUAAGCUCCUCAAAAAGGCGACGGCUCAGGAAGGCCAAAAGAGCGACGGAACAGCAACAGCUGAUUACCGGCUCUCAGAGGAUACCUGAGAACCCUGGAACUGCCCCCGCGGUUACCACAACUGCAGGACGCGGGAAAAGGGCACCGAAGCCGACUGGGUCCUCUGCCGCGCUCAAGCCUAUUGGCUCUAGGUGCGGUAAAGGACCUAGAGGGGGGUACCAAACCAAAAACCCAAACCAAACCAAACAACAAACAAAGGGCCAGAAACGCGAUCGGCCAGAGGAAACCGUGACACCGACUGGGGAGAGUAAAAGGGUUAAACCUAACAAACUCCGGCUGGAGUCAGGGACCUCGGCCAGUUACGCGGAAGCGGCAGCAUCCUACAAAGCCAACGAGCUUUGUGUUGCCGUGAUGACUGAGCCCUUUAUAGACAUGACACAAGAACAGGCAGAUAACAUCCGCCUACAAAUCGAGGGUAAAAUCCAAGAUGAGCUCAUGGCGGAUCUUGAAGCUACCCUAGCAACUGAACCCAACGACAUCAGAUUCCGGGGAAGAGCCCACUUCUCAGAUGGUGUCCUCAAAACUUGGUGCGAGGAUACCUACACGCUGGGAUGGCUUACCGGAGCAUGCGAUGUCAUCAACAAUCCGAUACCGGACACCAAACUGGUGGUACGGCCUCAGUCAGACAUUCCGAAGAAGGUGCCGUGCUUACUGCAUGUUCCAGAGUUCACUGGUAGCACGGAAACUUUACGGAAACUGAUCACCAGGCAAAACCGCCACCUAAACAUCAGAUCUUGGACCCUGACUCACGAACGUAGAACACAGGACCCGACAGGCGUAUCCUUGUUCCUUCGUGUUCCGGAAUAUGAGAUCUCAAAGAUCAAGGCACACGAACGUCGCAUCUACUAUCUGAUGGGGAACAUCUAUAUCCGAAUUCUGGAAAAGGAUGAACCCUCAGUGGUAGCUGCCGCCACAGUAACUACUGCCAGUACAUCGGGGACGGGAUCCUCGGGGCCAAAGCCGCCCUCGUCAACGACGGAGAUAGCCGCGGUUGCCGAGGAGACAGGGGGGAGUGAAUUCAGCGACAGCUGUUUGCGCUCCUCCCCCUAACCGGACUGACCUUAUCCAGACCAACCUCCAGCACAGCCAAACAGCGUCGGCUUCACUACGCAGACUGCUGGAGACCAACCCGAAGACCAUUGCCGCGAUCCAGGAGCCGUGGAUCAGGAAUGGCAAGGUAUGCGGCCUGGGUAACACCGGUGGUAAACUUUUGCUGGAUACCUCAGGACCUUACAACCAUUAGGUUACCUAGGGACGCACAUCCAGACAUCGUCCUGGCGUCCGCCUACCUACCGGGUGACGAGGACGUGCCCACUCCAGAACUCGGCCUUCUGGCUGACUACUGUGAGAGGGAGAAACUGGAGCUUAUAAUCGCAGCAGACUCCAACGCGCACCACACGCUAUGGGGUAAUGCAAAUACCAACGCUCGAGGCGCAACAGACAGCCCCUUGUGCAGAGGCUGUUUCAGC